AUGAUGCGAGUUAAAACUGCUCAGCAUUGUGUACAAGCACCUGCCAUCUACAGCGCCAGCAGAGGACAGGAUUAUACCUUGGAGCCUGAGUGUGGCAUCAGUAUUGGAUGCAGUCAUCCGAUUUACCAGAAUUUCAGCCUCAAUGCUGCUACUAGAGACAUGUCAGCCCCUGAGAUCUGUUCUUCCACCGUCAGCCUGCCACAGGGUGUAGCAACCAUAAGCUCACCAAGCCCUCUGCACAGCUCUCAGGAAGUUACUGAGGUGACCUCACACAAGAGGGAGCUCCGCCUGAUAAAGAACAGGGAAGCUGCACAGAAAUGCCGACGCAAGAAGAAAGAGUAUGUCAGAUCUCUUGAAAAUCGUGUGACUUUGCUGGAAGAGCAAAACAAGGCACUCAUCGAAGAACUCGAGGCCUUAAAAGACUUGUACUGUCACCUGUAAUUACUGAAUGCAUUUAAGCAAAAGUACUUUUCACUCUGUUUAUUUACUGCUUGCAAAUGCAAAAAAUGCAACAAAUCCAUUGUUUAUGUAGUUUUAUAUACUGAUGACUGUGAAGAUUGUAUAAGAUUGUUUGUGUGUAUGUGUGCGUGCUUAUUUGCUGCACUGAAUCAAUGAAUGUGGUUCAUUUGUCACUUGCGCUUUUUGCAGGGAGGCAGGUAAAGUGUAUCACUGCUUACUGUACAAGAAGCCUUUUUUUUUUA